ACGCGUAUUUGUGACCGCCAGCUCCCCUAACACAACGCUGAGAGUUAGCUGAGAAGUCCCGCAUCAUGUCCAGCGCAAACAUGACAAUGUUUCGCGCCUACGCGCAAAAGUCUAAUCCUGCUAUUCUACCUCCAUCAGUCCUUCUCUCACAUUCCGAGACAUGUUUGACGGUCUUUGACGCAUUUCCGAAAUCGAUCUUCCAUUUUCUCGUCAUACCUCGUGUCAGGCAACCCUUCAACGUGUACCAACUCGCUAAUCUACGUUCGUUGCUCAAAUGCGAGAAAAACUGCGCCAAGGAACUCCUCACAGAUCUAGGCCGAGAAGCGAACAAUGUCAAGAAAAUGAUCGAAAGUGAGAUGCUCAAGAAGUACGGAUUCAAGUGGGAAAUAUGGAUGGGUUUCCACGCAGUACCUAGCAUGGAACACCUCCACCUCCACGUACUUUCUGCUGACCUAUGUUCUCCGAGAAUGAAGUUGAAGAAGCACUACAAUUCCUUUCAUCCAAAGCUCGGCUUUUUCAUCCAUUUGAGCGAUGUUCUUUCUUGGUUCGAUGCCGACUUGUCGUAUUAUAACACAAUCUCUCAGCUCAAGAAGAGCGAGUAUGAGCCUUUACUUAAGGAAGAUCUUUCUUGCUGGAAAUGCGAUCGCAACCUUUCAAACAUGCCUAAAUUGAAGUCACACUUGCAGGAAGAAUUUGACAAACUGUCCGAUCAAGAAAAGGCAAAGGCAGAAAGAAAGAGGAAGCCUGCCGAUGAUCCUAAUAAGGAGGAGCGAGGACCCCAUAGUGAUAACUGAAUUCAUUCAUGUGUGCGCCAUCCAGUGAGCUUGCUUCGGUCAUUGACUCGGAAAUUGUUCGUACCAGAUGUUUUCCAUAACUCCAAUUCUAUGAUUUCUGACUUUCG